AUCUCCAGCAAUGAAGUUCAUCUGUGUGACUCUGCUGAUUAUGAGUGGAAUUACAGAUUCAAGAUCAGAGCAGUAUGAAGUAGUGGGACCUGCAGAUCCUGUAUUUGUUGUAGCUGGUGAUGAUGUGAUUCUGCCCUGUUCAGUCAAACCCAGCACCAGUGUUGUGGACAUGACAGUGGAGUGGUUUAGAUCUGAUCUGAAAGACUCACAACUAGUGCAUCUCUAUGAGGAUCAUGUAGACAAAAACACAAAUCAGAUUCAGUCCUACAGAGGCAGAACAAAACUGAAUCAUCAAGAACUACAGAGAGGAAACGCAUCACUCAAACUCUCAUCAGUCCGAGUCUCUGAUGAAGGACUUUAUAAGUGUUUUAUUCAGUCCAAAUCCUGGUCUGAUGAUGCCACUGUUAAUGUCAGUGUUGAAGCUGUAGGACGUCCUCCAGUGAUCACUGUAGAUGGGUUUGAUCAUUCAGGAGGACUUCAUCUACAGUGUGAAUCUGAAGGUUGGAACCCUGAACCUGAUCUUGAGUGGCUGAACAGUGAAGGAGUCAGUUUGAGUUCAGAAACUACAGAGAUGCAAAGAAAGAUAGAUGGAUUCAGUGUGAAACACACCAUCACUGUAUAUGAGAGAGACAGCAAGAUUCACUGCAGAGUCAAACUGAAGCAUCACAUGCUGGAGACACUGAUGAUCACAACAAGUAAUAUGUUUAAUUCUUGGAGGACAUCAGUCAUCCUGAUUUCAGUUUUUGUUGUGCUCAGUGUGAUUGCUGGAAUACUGAUAGCUGUGUUUGCACAUAAAAACAAAGAACGCAUUCAACUACAGAAUGAACACAGUCGAGUACAGGAUGAGAAGAGGAGAAUACAACAUGAACGUGAUCAACUUCUGAAGACAAUUCUGCCUAAAGUGAAUGUGAUUCUGGAUGCUGAUACGGCUCAUCCACAUCUCAUCGUGUCUGAUGAUGGAAAACAAGUGAGAUCUGGAAACACACAAACGAAAGGAAAAGGAAAAGACAGAUUUGAUGAAUAUCUUGGUGUUGUUGGGAAGGAUGGAUUCUCCUCAGGGUGUUUCUACUUUGAGGUGCAGGUGAAGGGACAAACUAAGUGGGAUUUAGGAGUGAUCAGAGAAUCUGUUAACAGGAAGGGGUAUUUCAGUCUGAGUCCUGAUAAUGGAUACUGGACUGUGGGACUGAGAGAUGGGGUGUAUCAAGCUCGUGAUUCUUCUGUUUACUCUCUUUCUCUGCGUGUGGAUCCUCAGAGGGUUGGUGUGUUUGUGGAUUAUGAGAAGGGUCUCGUCUGCUUUUAUGAUGUGGAGUCCAAGUCUCAUAUCUACACUUACACUGAUCAGUGUUUUAAUGAGAAACUCUAUCCAUUUGUUAGUUUGGGGUAUUGGUGGAAUGGAAACUCCACACCACUGAUCAUCUGUGAUGAUUACGAAUGAGAUCAGUGAAUUUAUGUGAUCAACUGAAAUAAAAGAAAAUGCAAUAAAAAGGGAAACAGCAAUAAUUAGAUUGUAAAGUUGGUUUGAGAAAGCCAGACCACAAAGUUUUAAAUGUUUUAAAAGUUGUAAAAGUUUGAUAGACAGUUUGAAAAAGUUUUAAAAAUAUAAAGUCUAAAGACAAAACAAUUUACAUCUAAAUACAUCGAUAGGGUUGCUAUGCAGUUGAUAGGGUACUUAGGGUUGUUGCUACAGUGUUGCUAAUGUACACAGGUAUUUUGCUAGGGUACCCAAAGUGAUUGCUAAGGUUUUGCUAUGUAGUUGCUAGGGUGUUGCUCUGCGGUUUCUAAGGUACCCAGGUGGUUGCUAGGGUGUGGCUAUUCAGUUGUUAGGGUACUCAGGGUAGUUGCUAGGCUGUUGCUAUGCAGUUGCUAGGUUAUCUGGGCAGUUACUGUGGUGUUGUUAUGUGGUUGCUAGGGUACACAGGGCGGUUGCUAGGUUGGUUUGGAUGAUUGCUAAAGUGUUGUUAUAUAGUUACUGGUAAGUAUCAGACACUAUACAGACAGACAUAGAUAAAUGAGUCUAAAUGGAUUAGAAAUAGUAAACAGAAGCUUGACUGAGUCUCAAAGGAUUCUGGGAGUUUUGACAGUUGGAGUUUGAAUUUGUCUCAUUUGAACAUUGUGUCAAUGUAAGUCUGUGGGAUUUUUAUGAUUUUUAAUCUUCAGUUUUAUGAAAAUCAUAAAUCUGAUCAUUUAUAAAAGAUACAGGGCUGAGUUUGGUGGUUGUAGAGUUAAAGCUGUAGAUCAGGGUUCCUCAAAUCUUGUCCUGGAGUGUCGCUGUCCUGCACAGUUUAGCUCUGACUC